GUUCCCAAUUGGACUGAUGGAUGAAAUUGUAGAUUGUCGCUUCUGGUCUUCGUGGGUUCAGACGUUGAUGGCUGGUUAACAGUUAUUGCCAUUAUUGUUCCCGGACAGAUGUCGGAGGUGGAACAGGUACGGUCCCCGGCUCCCACUGAGGAUCUCUCAGUUAAAGAGGCGGAACGGGAACGACUGAAGGAUGAAAAGGAGCAGGUGGACGACGAGGAGCUAGUGGAGGAGGAGGAGGAAGACGAAGAAGCGCUGCCUCACUCUGAAUUUUUGGACAUUUUUGAAGAGGGUCUUGCGCGGAUUGUACAAGAUCCGUUACUUUGUGACCUCCCAAUCCAGGUGACGUUGGAGGAGGUAAAUUCCCAGGUAGCACUGGAAUAUGGCCAGGCUAUGACUGUCCGUGUUUGUAAAGCAGAUGGGGAAGUUAUGCCCAUUGUGGUCGUGCAGAAUGCCACCGUGCUGGACCUGAAAAAGGCCAUCCGCAGGUUUAUGGAACUGAAACAGCAGCGCGAGGGCGGAGUCAAGCACAUCAGCUGGAGGUAUGUGUGGAGGACGUUCCAUUUGGUAUUCGAGGGGGAAAAGUUGGAAGACGACAAAAUGAAACUGAAAGACUAUGGGAUACGGAACAGAGGUGAAGUGACAUUCAUGAAGAAACUACGAAAGAAAUGAGGACCGAAUGGAGGGAUGGGGAGAGAACAGGUGGGCAUGUCCCCACAGAAAUGCUCUGAAACUCUUCAGUGUCAAGUGAGACUACCCACAGUCCCACAGUGUAUUUGUAUAGGAACAUGAAUUUUAAUUCAUACAUUUGUGUAUAAUUAGACUUGUUAAUAGACUUGUGUGAAAAUGGAUGCAAUGCACUCCUUGUACAGCAAUGUUUUGUCUGUGUGUACACAUUUGCACAAAAAUGUCAAACGAGGCUCC